AUGAACGUGUCAUCUCCUAAUGUGACUGUGGUUAUAGAGUAUCGAGACUCCUUUACCAAAGCAGUGACCAAGAAUGUUAUUGUUGUGGUUCUCGGGAUCUCCAUCAACUACAUCAAUGCAAACCUCAUUCAAACGUUCAGCAAAAACCAGAUCUUUUACUUGAAUCCUCGGUAUAUCCUGUUUUUUCACAUGGUCGUCAACGACAUGAUCCAAGUGACGCUGACUGUCAUCCUGUUCAUCGUCAGCUACACCCUCUACAAAAUCAAUGUCUCAAUCUGCGCUGCCUUCAUCCUGAUUGCUCUUUUCACCACUGAAAACACUCCUCUGAACCUGGCCUGCAUGGCAGUGGAGUGUUACAUCGCCAUCUGCCUCCCCCUUCACCAUGUGCAGAUCUGUACCGUCAAGAGAACUUUAAUGCUGAUUGGUUUAAUCUGGAUGACCAGCAUGUUGUCUGUUCUUCCUGAUCUCUUCAUCACCUUAGCCACAGAGCCGCUGGACUUCUUUGAUUCCCGAGUGUUCUGCCUCAGGGAAACUGCCUUUCGAAAUCCCCACAUUAUCAAGAAGAGGGAUAUUACCUAUGUAGUGUAUCUGGUUAUUGUGUGGUUUGUUAUCUUUUACACUUACUUCAACAUCCUGUUCACUGCAAAAACAGCUAGCAACAACGCAAAAAAAGCUAGAAAUACUAUACUCCUCCAUGGUUUUCAGGUGCUGCUGUGUAUGGCAACAUACGCAGAUCCCCUUUUAAAAAAUGCUCUAAUCCAAUGGUUUCCAAAGAACUUUUCAGACUCCCUGUUUGCUUGUUAUAUUAUAAUUCAGAUUCUGCCACGAUCCAUUAGUCCAAUUAUCUAUGGCAUACGAGACACAACUUUCAGGAAGUACCUGAAAAGGAAUCUGUUGUGUAAAGUCAGCUCACAAUAA